UUACAGCAGGUAUAAGCAGUUCCUUCUUGUCCUUGAGUUUGAGUCGGGGCCUCCUGCCUCUUCUCACCUUUCCCAAAGAGCCAUAACAUUGAAUUUCAGAAAAGAUGGCUGCACUGAAAGAGAAGCGGACCUGUGCUCAGCGAUGUGAAGAUUUUGGGUACUUUGUGUGGAACCCGGACACCAAGCAGUUACUGGGAAGAACACUUGACAAAUGGGUGUACAUCAGCCUCUACUAUGUGGCUUUUUACAUUGUGAUGUCAGGAUUGUUUGUACUUGCCUUGUAUGUACUGCUGUCAACACUCAGUCCUUACACGCCGACGUAUCGUGACCGGUUACAAUCACCAGGAGUGGUGAUGCGACCAAAUACAUAUGGAGAUGAAGGCUUGCUGAUUGUGUACGAGGUUAAUAAACCCGACAGUUACACCCCCUUAAUACAUACCCUUCAAAAUUACCUCACACCAUAUAAUAGGACAGAGCAACAUGCCCACUAUGAAAAUGAGCACUGCAAUGGCAACAAGUACUUUACUCAGAAUGAACCCAAAGAUCCAGAGCAGAAAUUGUUAUCCUGUCCUUUCUAUAGAAGCAGUCUAGGAAAGUGCUCUGGGAUGGACAAUUCAACAUUCGGCUAUCCAGAUGGUCAGCCAUGCAUCAUUAUCAAAAUGAAUAGGAUUAUAAAAUUUUUUCCAAGUGGUAAAGGAUCACCCCCACCUUACGUCAACUGCUCUAUGUUGAAAGGGGAACCUAAAAAUCUGCAUAAUAUUGAAUAUUUUCCUCCAAAUGGCACUUUUGAUUUGCAUUACUUCCCUUACUAUGGAAAAAUAGCCCAGCCCUCAUACAUGAACCCACUCGUGGCGGUGAAAUUCAACAGCCUUGAGAAAAAUAAAUUGCUCAAGAUUGAGUGCAGAGUGGUAGCAGAUAAAAUCAGUGCUGACAACAUUCAUGACCCGUAUGAGGGGAAGGUAGAAUUCGAGAUCGAGAUUAAAAAUGGUACUGCUGUGAACAAGUGAAAAUCUGCAUGUACAAAAGCUAAACAUUCAGAAGAAAAGAGUAGCAAGAACUCAAAACAUAGCAACCAUGAUGACAAUAGACUGAAACUCUGAAGGCCCAUGUGGCAGUCUCUCUAUUUCUGAACAAUCCUUUACUGUAUGUGUAGCAUAAAACUUGCAUGUAAUAUUAGGUACGACUCUGAGAGUUGGCAUGAAUCUUCUUUUGCUUCAUAAUUCUCAAACAAAAGUGCAGUAUACAGGGUGUGUGGGCUCAUCAGUGGUACAAGAAAUAAUAUUUGGGGUCCUACAAAUUGUAUUUCCUGUAGACAGACCAUGGCAUAAAUACAUACUGUCAUGUCAUCAUACCUACCCUCAACUGGUUUAUGUA